AUGGCUGUCGUCUCAAAGAUACUGGGCUUUCCCAGCCUUGCACUCGCCGCUGUUGUCGAAUCUUUUCUUGCCAUCAAAUUAUUUCCAGAUUACUACAGCAAUCAAAGUCACUUAGCUGCCGUGGCUACUAUCUUAGCCAUCAAUUAUGCCUUCGGAGCUUUGUUCUGGGUAGUACUGUAUCCAAUCGUUUUCAGUCCACUUAGAAGGAUACCAGGCCCAAAGGACUAUGUGAGCAUUGCCCAUCGGGCACUGGCGGUAAAAGACAAGCCUGCCGGUGAGCUCUUCCUCGAACUGGCCGAGCGAUAUCCCGGAGAAGAUUUGGUCAUGCUCAACUCACUCCGAGACCAAGUUUCCCUCAUGAACCCACAGCUGCUAGCUGACCUCCUCGUUCACAACUGCUACGACUUCACAAAGCCCAAGAGAAUCAGCUCUUUCUUACGGCAUAUCCUUGGCGAUGGCCUUAUCAUUGUUGAAGGCGACACACACAAGUUUCUGCGCAAGAACACAACGCCAGCAUUUCACUUCCGACAUAUCAAGGAGCUAUAUCCUAUGAUGUGGACGAAAGGAGAGAUACUUGCCAAGGCGUUGAAAAACGAUAUGUCUGCCUCUGGAACGUCUGUGAUUGAACUUAACGGCUGGGCAAGUAAGGUGACACUGGACAUUAUUGGCAUUGCUGGCUUGGGACGCAAGCUCGACACUGUUGAGAAGAAGCAAGACCCCCUUGCCGACAUAUUCGAACAGCUUCUGGAACCUAGCCGAGAGAAACUCAUCUUCUCCAUGUUAGCUCUCGCUGUUGGCUUGAAGUACGUUCGUCUGCUCCCAUGGAAGAUGAACAACGUGUUCAAUUAUUUGACUGGCUCUUUGAACGAUCUGUGUUAUCCGAUGAUCAAGGAGAAAAAGGCUGCCAUCAUCGAGAAGGGCGAUGACCAUUUCGAUGUAUUGUCGCUCCUGAUUAAGACAAAUAACUUCUCAGACGAGGCAUUGAAGGACCAGCUUCUGACGUUCCUGGCAGCGGGACAUGAGACCACAGCAUCCGCGCUUACUUGGGCAUGCUAUCUACUUACAAAGAACCCGGAGAUCCAAGCCAAGGUCAGAGAGGAGGUCAAGAAUGCGAUACCGGAAGACUUGGAGAGUAACAUGGCAGAUCUUGCUGGGAUCCUGGAGCAGCUCCCCUACCUCAACGGAGUCAUGCACGAGACAUUUCGACUCUACCCAACCGUGCCAAUGACCAUGCGUCAGGCCAUCCGCGACACUAGAAUCGGCGACCAGUUCAUUCCCGAGGGCACAGAUAUCAUCGUGUCGAUCUGGUAUAUCAACCGCUCGCCUGUCAUUUGGGGGCCCGACGCAGCAGAGUUCCGUCCUGAGCGAUGGAUCACGAGUGAUGGGAAGCCAAACCAGAAUGGCGGGGCCAACAGUAACUACAACUUCCUGACCUUCCUUCACGGGCCAAGGAGUUGCAUCGGUCAAGGGUUUGCUAAGGCUGAGAUGCGAUGUUUGAUGGCGACCAUGGUACGGUCUUUUGAGUGGACGCUGGCGAUGGAUGACGGGCUUGUUAUGCCCAGGGGAGUGAUUACGAUUAAGCCUGAAAAUGGCAUGUAUUUAAAUCUCAAACCUCUAUAA